UUAAGGAGAGGAGAGGGGUAGAAAGAUGGAAAGAGAAAUAGGAGCAGACAGAAACAGUCAAUAAAAAUGGCUGCCUAACAAGUUCGAUAAAUACGAAGCGAGAACAAAGUGCGAACAAUACGACGAACACGUGUAACGUGAUUUUUUUAUAUUCAAUAUGAGACUGAUUGAAAGAAGCGGCGAAACAAAGAUGUAUUCAAUGAAACCGAUCAUUUCCUUGCCCAUAAUGACACGUUCUACGAACAGAAUAUACGAGAUGAAAAAUAUUCACGGAGAAUGCGGAAAAGGCAACCAUACGGAAACAGGGAUCAAGAUCGUUGCUGAUGUUACAGAGCAGGUUAUCAAGCUUUUGAAGAAUCCAUUAUCAGAAUAUGCUUUAUUAGAAGCUACGCAAGAAAAAAUUUUAGCUCAAUUAGCAGAGCUUAAGAAACAGGUAUCUUCCCUUUGCAAUUUUUUAAAACAUACAGAUCAUGUUAAGAUGCCAGCAGAAAAUAGUGAGAAGAAAAGUAAUUUGCUUUCGAAUGUAUGCCAUAAAUCUGAAUCAAUCACCGUUAAUUUAAUUAUAAAUGCAAAUCCAAAGAAGCCACCAUACUCCAUAUUAGCACUUCCAAAAGUUUGGAAUGAUACAAAUAUCAAAUUGCAAACAUAUAUUCAUUCAAGUGUUAUUGGAGAUGUACCUGAGUUAUAUGUCUGUGAUAUAAAUCCAACUAAGCCAAAUGUAAUUAAUUUGUCUCUCAUAUGGAAAGAAGUUGAGGAGUUUGAAUUUGUCUCAGGAUUAUACAAUUAUUCUUUAUUCGGCGAAGUUAAUUUGUUAAGAUACUUAAGCAGGUUAUUCCAUACACAUAAUUUUGAAAAUUGUCUAGAUCCUGUACAAGCAAACGUAUUUGACACUAUACUUGAUUAUUGUUAUUGUCUACAAAUAGAAAAAUCAUCAAAGAAACAGCAAAUAAUACUUCAAUAUAUUACCAAAACGUUAGGAACAAAUGAAUGGUUUGGCAUAAACAAACCAAAUAUUAUUGAUAUUGCUGUAUGGUCUGUAAUUAAACAAAUUUCUGUACAAAAUUUACCAUCGAGUCUUAAAAAGUGGAUUAAUGCUUGUGAAAAAAUAUUUAAAUAAAUACAUCAUUUGUACGA